AUUUGUUGGUACGAUAAGUUGAAUCGAGAUAUUGCCUGAAUUCUAUCCCCGGAAGGUACAUAGGAACUAACACCUACUAAAGUCAACUAAUAAGGCAAAUGGUAAUAAUGCUUUAAUUUCUUGCAUGUUGAAACCAUAGAGAUCGAGAACGAACAGAGAACAUACAUGGCAGCAUCGUCCUCCACCAAUAAUGGUGUUCACGAGGUGUUCCUCAGUUUCAGGGGCGAGGACACAAGGAAGACAUUCACCAGCCAUCUGCACGCUGCCUUCAAGAGAUUUGAGAUCAGAACCUACAUAGACUACAAUCUUGAGAGAGGAGACGAGAUCUCGGGGACGCUUCUCAGGGCCAUAGAGGAUGCCAAGCUCUCCGUGAUCGUGUUCUCGAAGAACUUCGCAUCCUCCAGAUGGUGUCUUGAGGAGGUGAAGAAGAUAAUUGAUUGUAAGAAAACGAGGGGGCAGAUGGUGCUUCCCAUAUUCUACGAUGUGGAGCCUUCCAUUGUUAGGUACCAAACGGGAAGCUUUGCAACAGCUUUCGCCAGACAUGAGGAGCGCUUUCGUGAUUCUGAUCGCCCUAACAAGAAAAUUCAGAAAUGGAGGGAUGCUCUUGCUGAAGCUGCCACUUUCUCAGGCUGGGAUUGCUCCGUUGACAGGUUGGAAUCAGAGAUCGUUGAGGAAAUAGCGAUGGAUGUGCUAAACAAGUUGAAUAGAGUGUAUGUUGGGGACCUUGAUAAAGAAAUUGCAAGGUAUGACCAACUUGCUAAGCACCAAAUGCAAUAUUUUCAAGGGAGUCCUCAUCCAUUGCAUUACCAAAAUUACAAAGACACUCUCAAUCGCAUUAGAAAGCUUCAAAUGGAAAGGCACCAACGUUUGCUUCGCAUUCCUCCUAAUAUGUACUCACAAGCUGAUGAUUUAAACAACAAUAACACCAAUAUUGAUAAUGGUCUCUAUAAUCUGUGGUCUAAUGCUUUUAGAUUUUGAUUACUUGGAAUUUAAACUAAUUAAGUAUAUGUCCUCGAUCGUUUCUAUUUCAUGUAAUCCAAAUUAUGGGACACUUAUAAUAUAACUACGUCUGUGUUUCUUUA